ACUUUCCCUGACGUCAACCCCCAAAAUGAAUUUCCUAAAAAAUGGGUUAUGCUUUCAUCUUAUCUUUGUUUUGAGGGGAAAAAACCCUAGUUCGAAUUGAUCUAUUUACUUUAUACGAAAUCCAAAAUUCCUCCCGUAAGACAUGGAUUCAUUAGAGGAUAAUUCUUGCUGGGAUUUUCUUGAUUAUAACUUCAUCGAGGAAACAACGACGUCUUCUGAUUUCUUGUGGCCUAAUAAUCAAAGUGGUGGCCUGGAUGUUGAUUUUUCAUCUGGUGGUGCUGUAUCGCAAGAUAAACCAUGCACAAGAAAGAGGGGACGCAGUGAUUCUUGCAGCAAGUCAAGGACCAAAGCUUGCCGUGAGAAGUUGCGGAGAGAGAAAUUAAAUGACAGGAUACUACUGAUAUGCUGCUGGAGAGUUGGCCUCAACUUUGCCUCUUUCCUUUUAGACAUAAGGAUGGUUUACCAUGCUUGCAGGUUUCAGGAUUUGAGUUCUGUUUUGGAGCCUGGAAGACCUGCCAGAAUAGACAAACCAGCCAUACUUGAUGAUGCUGUUAGAGUUUUAAAUCAAUUGAAAACUGAAGCUCAGGAGCUCAAAGAAACAAAUGAAAAGCUACAAGAAGAAAUUAAAAGUCUGAAGGCUGAGAAGAAUGAGCUUCGUGAGGAGAAACUCACACUAAAGGCAGAUAAAGAAAGGAUGGAACAACAAUUGAAGGUUAUUGCAGUUCCACCUUCUGGAUUCAUGCCGGCCCAUCCAGCAGCUUAUCAUGCUGGAGUGAACAAGAUGGCAGUUUUUCCAGGCUAUGGUCUGAUGCCGAUGUGGCAAUUACCUCUAGCUUCCCGUGAUAUAUCCCGUGACCAUGAGUACUGGCCCCCUGCUGCAUAAUUUUUUCUUUAUCCUUCAUUCUUUCUCUUUCUGACUCUCCUCCUGUCUAAUUAAUAUCCUGUCAACAAUUAGAUGCUUUCUUUUAGAGUCGUCCAACGAUUUCAGUCAGUUGAGUUGUAAAUAUAACCAGUUUUUUGCCAAAUGGUUUUGACCAAUGCAUUGUUGGGGAUUUACAAGACAUGUAGUUAGAUGACAAUUAUUUUCUUAAAAGAAUUAUUUAAUAUCAAUUGUCAA